CGUCAGCUGUCUAGUGACUCUCCCAUAUGUCCAGUCAUCGCAGCCACACCCACCCCGCUCUUCCUUCUUUGACAAUACGGCUGAAGGACUAUCCAAUAGAAGAAUGCGCCAUGAGGUCAACGUGGGCGAGCAAUCGUUUCAGUGCCACUUGUGCCCUAAAAGCUUCCCAUCAAAUAGCAGGUUCAAGAAACACCUGCGCACUCAUACAGGCGAGCGGCCACAUCAGUGCCCUUCGUGUGAUAAAAGCUUCACAACUGUGUCCCAUCUGACAGCACAUCAACGUGUCCACACAGGAGAGCAACUGUCCAGGUGUCAUUUGUGCCCUCAAAGCUUCGUGUGGUGUUCCGAUCUUGAAAUACACAUGCGCACUCACACUGGCGAGCGGCCACAUCAGUGCCAUACGUGUGACAAGAGCUUCGCACAGAAGUCCCAUCUUACGGAACAUCAGCGGAUGCACACAGGCGAGCGACCAUUUAAAUGUCAUUUGUGCUCUCAAGCCUUCUCGCACCGUAAUCUUCUAAAAGGUCACUUGAGCGUUCAUGCUGGUGAACGUCCAUUUCAGUGCUCCUUCUGUCCACAAAGCUUCUUGUACAAAUCCCACCUAACAGAGCACGAACGCCUCCACACAGGGGAGCGACCAUACAGCUGUACUCUCUGCUCCAAGACUUUUGUGCAGAGCAGUCACUUGAAAGCUCACAUGAAAUCUCUCCAUUGAUUGUGCUGCUAGCAACGUAUUGGUGAAUUUCUAUUGUGCCCAUAUUUAACAUCUUCGCGAGUUUGCAGUAUGUUUCGAGUUCUGCCACAUUUAUAGCUGCCACUUUUUGCUGUAAUAUUUUAAGCUAACACCUAACUUCAGGUGGUUUUUCAGCAGUGCUGAAAAACCACCUUUAAAAACCACCUUUGAAAAAACACCUGGUGGCGUUUGAGCUACAUAUAUAGAAUACUCUUGUGAACUCUUGUGUCUCUAAAUACUCUUGUGUCUCUAAAGAUGGUGUCAUUGAUAACUUUUGUAUGUGAAAAUCCACGAACAAGUAAACUUGAAGAAACAAGGGCCAAAAAGUACAAAUACUGAGAAAGAACUCAGGAUGAGCGCUUACUAGCAAGUGAAAAUCUUUAUUUGUAAACGACCAUUUAUAUAUAUGCAUAACACACAUGUAUGUCAUCUCAAACCGCCCCUAUUAUCAUCAACGUGAAAUAACUAAAAAAACCACUUCUAUAAUCAAUGGCUUACAAUCGGGAGGAGAAAAACACGUGUUAUGCACCCCCCCAAACAAACAAAAAAAGAAAAAAAUGCGCUGUCAUGUUACGUCCAAACAAAAAGCAAAUUCACAAUCUGUUAAGUUUUUUGGCACAUGUUUCAUCAUGAGCUUAUACCAACAUGCCCAACUGGCCGCCAUCCUAAAUGUAAACUUGCUUUAUGCCUGGCACAUGGACGGCUUAUUUCAGGUCUUUGUUUUUUUAACUGAUUUUAUGCUUAAAGUAUUUAUAGCAUAUGUAUUUUGUGCAUGCAACUCUUCUCUAUUCGCUUCUUUGAUGAACCAGAAAGUAAAUUCUAAAUGCUCUACUUUAUCAUAUGGUUAAUGCUAGUCGUUAUGGAUGACUAGUUUUGCAUCACUUCACAGCUCGCGCCUACCAUCACACGAAGCCAGCACCCUUUCACGGUGGAGUGCUGUAUGAUAUACGCACUCAAGCUUUGAGGAUGUUCAAAGGGCACUUUUUGAAUCUAGGUCCACUGUGCAACUAAGAAAGAAACAAUGAGAGUGCUUUGGUACAAGACGAGGUACAAUGCUCUAGGCAUGUUCUCCUGCUAAAAGUUCUGUGUAAAUGAAACAAAACGGGACACACCUGCUUACAAAGAACAUGCAGGACUUUCAAGAGCGUGGUUUUUUGGGAAAAAACUAAUUUUAAUGGGGUUGUGCUUAGCACUUUUAAGAAACGCGAAGGCUAAAAAAUACUUGUACCUGUUGGUAAUUUGUUGUUGAACUUUCUGCUGAUGGGUUUUACUGGUAACGAUCUUUGUCAGAGUUUGUUCUACUUGGUGCUCACUGCUGAGCUUUAUGCCAAUAUUUCUAUCAGACUUUACAUUAAACUUUGGUUAAACUUUUUAUCAGGCUUCCAAAAGCUUACCAUUGAUGGUCAUAUACACUCUACUGAUGCUUAUGAACUGUUACACAGACAUUUAUAGAAAUUCCAAUUAUUCUUUACCUUUUUCCAGUGUCUUGUGAAACCAAUGUUGUACUAGAAUUGCAAUAAUUAAAGUAUGUAUGUAAGCUCUCAAA